UCUCUCUCUCUCUCUCUCUCUCUCUCUGUCUCUCUUUUUCCUUUUGCUUUUCUCAAACAAGCAUGGCGAGAAUCCUAAUCUAGUCCAGACAGAUACAAUCUGUGCUGUGCUUUAUUCGUAUUGGAGUAAUAAGUGCUAUUCUGACCCAAUUCCUAUAUUUUCUUCGUCUUCUUCCUUUCCUUUCUUCUUCUAUUUUUUAUUUUUUAUUCUUCUUUUUUAAUUUAUACUACUCCUUUAUCUCUUUCUCUCUGUCAUUUAUUUUACUUUCGUUUUAUUUCAUUUACUUUGUCUUUCCUAUCUUUUCUUUCCUUCGAAUCAACUAACUCUUUCUAUUUCGCGGUGUUCGCAUAGACACAUACACAGAUACGUACACACAUAUACAUAAAAGCAAAGUAAAUAGAGAUACACUCACACACUCAUACAUACCACCCUGUCGUCGCUUAUCCCUCUGCGAAUUCUCUCGACGUAUCUUCUUUUUCCCCAUUUUAUUAAUUUUCUUUUUUUUUCUUUUUUUUCUUUUUCUUUUUUUUUUUCUUUACCUCUCUUUUAUAUAUUCUUGUUGAGUUUCGUACAACGAUGAGCGUGGCUUCCGUGAUGAUAUAUGUAUUACUUUUGAUGAACAACUGAGAUACAAAAUUACGUGUUGUUGUGUUGUUGUUGUCGUCGUCGUCGUCGUCGUCGUCGUCGUCACCGACGACGUUGAGAAGCCGGUGCUUCUCAAACGACGGCGGUUAACGGUCGAAAGAAAAAGAAAUCGCUAAGUAAAGGUCGACAACGCGUUCUACUAGUGAGAGAGAUAGAGAAAAAGAGAGUAAGAGAGAGGAAGAAAGAGAAAGAAAGAGAAAGAGAGAGAGAGAGAGAGAUUGUAAGUGAAAGAGUAAGAGGGAGGGUGGGGAGAGAGAGAAAGAGAGUGAGGAGGGGAGCCCGAUCCUCUAUCGGCGGACACUUUUACGAGGCGUCGAGGGAACCUCGUCUACGUCAACGGUGGCGACUUUGAGAGUUGUGUAGUGCCGGUGGUUUAGUAGUGUAAUAGUGUUUUCUCACAGUGCUUUGUUGUAUUUAAACGUAAAUCUAAGAAAAAGAGAAAGAGAAAACGAAAGAGAGAAAAAGAGAGAGAGAGAGAGAGAGAGAGAGAGAGUGAUAGAUAGAAAAAAAAAAAAGAAAAAGCGUGUAUACAUGUGUGUGCCAAUAUUAGAAUACCGAUAAAAUAUUGACUACAGCGAGACACUACUACAUACUAUUGCUGCUACUCCUACUACACUACUACUACUACUACUACUAUUAUUAUUAUUAUUAUUAUUAUUAUUAUUAUUAUUAUUAUUACUACUACUACUAUUACUAUUAUCAUUACUGCUACUAUUAGAACUACACGAAUAAGUGAGGGACACACAAUAAGAGAGUGUCAACGGAAACAGUGUUGUAUCGUCAAAAGGGGUGUUCUUCAACGUUCAAGAUUUUCUACGGAUAUAUACACGUCAAGAAAUAUUAUAUCCAGGGAUAUUAUCGUCUAGGAUCCAACCAGGACAGAGAGAGAGAGAGAGAGAGAGAGAGAGAAAGAAAGAAAGAGAGAGAUAUAUAUAUAUAUAUAUAUAAACUCACAGACGGAGAAAGAGAAAGAAAGAGAGACAGAGAGAGAUAGAUAGAGAGAAAGAGAGAGAGAGAGAGAGAGAGAGAAAGAGAGAAGAGAUUUACAGAAAAAGAAAAAAGAAAAAGAAACAAAAAAUGAACGAAAUUGAUUCCUGAGAGAUUAAAAACCGUGGCUGGCGAAGGUAUUCCUUCCGAUAGGAAGGAAAGGAAAAAUAUAGAAAUUGAUAAUAAAGGAAUAAUAUCGAGGGACGAGAUUCUUAUCCUCGUUGGUGUGCGAUUUAGUGAUCGUAAGUGGAGUUAUUGUUUUUCAACGGGCCGACGAAGGUGGAAGGAGGAAGAGUGGCCGAGGACGAGCAGAAGAAGACGGAGAAAAAGAAGAAGAAGAAGAAAAAAGGGAAAAGGUGAAUGAGGAGAUUUAUAUUUUCGUUCUAACACGAGUAUGAUCGGCAUAGCUCGAAGAAAUUGGGCUUUGCGCCUAUCAGUGGUGCUCAACGUUUGCGUACUACUUUAUGUAUGCGCCCAUUUUGGUUCUUCUUCCGGUCCUUGGAUCGAAGAACCACCAACCAAUUGGGCUGCCGCAGCACCACCAGCUCCAGCUCCACCUGCUGUGGCACAAGCACCACGAUCAAGAAAUUCGAUUCUACCAGGGGAUGUUAUCCCUGCUAGUGGCAUUGCUGGUGGUGCUGCUGCUGGUGGAUCAUCAAUCGAUCGAUUUUCGAAUGAUACUCUGAUCUCUGUCCUUUCUUCUUCCUUUUCAUCUUCCUCCUCCUCAUCGUCUUCAUCUUCUUCUUCUUCUUCUUCUUCUUCGUUAUUAUCACCUGUCCCACCCUCUUCAACGAACAAAAGAAACAAGAAGAAAGGUUUACUGAAUAAAAUGAUCGGAGGAAUCGUCACCAUGAAACCUACCUCGAAGGAGGCCAAGGUCGAAGUAUCCAACGAUACGAUUCGACGAGACGAUCGUGCUCGCAAUCGUACGAAAAACAUCAAUGGACCGGCACCGGCACCAAUACCAGAAGUACCAGUUGUCAGUCUGAAGGAAGCCAUAUCUUGCAACGAAAAAUCAUUAGAACCUAGAAGAGCCCAACGUGGCGAUUAUUGGGUUCUAUAUAAUUACGUACCUAUGAGUAUGAACGUGAAAUGUUGGGAAAGCGUGACAUAUACAACUCAUGCCGAUUAUACCUUUCUGGACAACUUGGAACCAUUGUUGGAACGUUGGAGAGCACCGAUAUCGAUUGCGAUGCAUGCUCCUGGCACAGACUUUUCGGCGACAUUAGACGCGAUCAAAUAUUCGAGGAGUUGUGGUAGCCCAUUGGUUUUUCAACUGGUGACAUUUCAUGUCUUUUUCAGCAGUAAACACGUGCCAAAAUCGGUUCCACCAACGGAAAAAGUUAUGUCCGAUACGUACAAUUGUACGUUGGGACCACCUUGGGUAAAUAUAACUCUUUCGAAGAUGUACAAAAACGAAAAGAAACUUCUUUAUCCCGUUAACGUUGGAAGAAAUAUAGCAAGGGAAUCAGCACCGACAUAUUAUGUUUUUGCAAGUGACAUAGAAUUAUAUCCGAGUCCAAAUCUUCCGGAAAAGUUUCUUGAAAUGAUCCGUAGGAGAGAUCAACCGGCAUUGCAAAAAUCUAAUCCGAAGGUUUACGUCUUGUCCAUAUUCGAAGUUAACGAAAAGUAUCGACCACCGAACAAUAAAACUCAUUUGGUACAAAUGUUGAAAGCAGGAACAGCUAUUCCAUUUCAUAAGAAGCUUUGUUCCGGUUGUCACAACGUUCCGCGUAGCAAGGAAUGGCAGGAAGCCCCUGAAACCGAAGGUCUUCAUGUAUUUCAUGUUGGAAAGCGUACAGGUAGCUUCGUUCAUUGGGAACCUAUUUUUAUAGGAACUAACGAAGAACCUUUGUACGACGAACGACUCAGUUGGGAAGGAAAAAGUGAUAAAAUGCCGCAGGGUUACGCUCUCUGUGUCCUUGAUUACGACUUUCUCAUUCUGGACAAUGCAUUCUUGGUUCAUCGUCCCGGUAUAAAGAUCUUCAAAAAGGAUCCUCAUCGUGAAAUGCUCACUGCUAAGACGAACGCAUUGAUCAAGAAAAUUAUCGUACCAGAAUUAAAAAUCUUAUAUGGUACAAGAAAAGGAUGUGCUGUCUAGCCAUUACCAUCACGAGCGUCUUAGCGCUCUAGACGGACAAAAACAAGUAAAUCAAUAAUGACUAGCUCGGUAAUUUGAAAGAGCUACCGUUCGAUCUUAAUGUUUCUACGCCAAUAAUUCUAAACGCAAAUUAAGCGUGUUACUAAAGAUCGUCAUUCAAAAUGUUAAUAUGUUCCAUGAAUCGUGCCAAUUCAAUGAUAAAUUAUCAAAGAUCCAAUAUCGUCGUUUUUCAUUAACGUUUCUCUAAGGUUUUUCUAAAGUCAAAAAUGUUGUGAUAAAGUAAAGAAGGAAAAAGAAUAUGCAAAUCGAUAGAGACAGAGAAGGAGAGAGAGAGAGAGAGAGAGAGAGAGAUAGAGAGAGAAAGAGAGAGAGAGAUUGUUAGCAAAGCUAUAACGUAAAUUUCUCAAGUGAAGACUGGAUUUGUCAAUUAAAUUAAUUUAAACAAUUGAUAUUAAUUUUAA